AUGGAUAAGUCUUGGAUGCAUGCUGAUAGAAGAUCACUCACAUAUCAGCUAGGUGUUGAGGAAUUUCUUAGGUUUGCUGUAGAGAAUGCUACUGAUGUAAAUAAUAUCAGUUGUCCCUGUGCAAAAUGUGGUAGCAUAGAUGGGAUGUUUUCGGCUAGGGUCAUAAAAGAUCAUCUAUAUUUUAAUGGUGUAGAUGAGAGUUACAAAGAUUGGGUAUGGCACGGGGAACCAUCUAGGGCAACGGUGAAUGCUAAUGAAGAGGUAUCCGAAGCUACUAUAAAUAUGGUAGAAGAUGGAGAUGCAGCAGAUAAUAUAGGGUUGGGAGAUCAGGGAGAAAAGGGAGCUAGUGAGGAUGAGGAGUUUUUUGAAAGUGGUGAGGAUGAGCAGUAUUCCGUAGAAUCGAAUGACUUCAUGAGAUUAGUCGAGGAUGGAAAUAAACCUUUGUAUCCCGGUUGUACCAAGUACACAAAAUUAAAUGCACUUGUACAAACUUAUAACCUUAAAGCAAAACAUGGAAUGUCCGAUGUGUGUUAUUCUGACAUGUUGAUCAUGAUCGGAAUGUUUCUCCCUGAAGGUAAUGAGAUACCUGGUUCGCAUUAUGAGGCCAAGAAGUCUUUGGCUACAUUAGGAAUGGACUAUAAAAAGAUUCAUGCAUGUCCUAAUGACUGCAUUUUAUACAGAGGACAAUAUGCUGAUGUUACUAGUUGUCCUACAUGUGGGGAGUCAAGGUGGAAAUUGGGCAAAGAUAACAUCGAGAAGCAAGGGGUACCCGGGAAGGUGUUGUGGUAUUUUCCCCCAAUCCCACGUUUCAAACGCAUGUUUCAAUCGACAAAAACUUCUAAAAACCUAACUUGGCAUGCGAAUGAAAGGAGGAAGGAUGAGUUUAUGCGCCAUCCGGCUGAUGCCCCCACUUGCAGAUAA